UCAGGUUAAUUGUCAAGUAGUAGCUUUCAGGUUGCAGUCAUGUUGGAUAAAGUGUCAUCUUGUUUGCUCUUUUUAUAUGGUUUGUUGUAUCAGGCCUUUGUUCCUUGUUUAGUUCCUGAGCUGUUGCCUGCCAACACUGUCGACCAUCAGCAGUAUCUGGGGAAAUGGUACUUUAAAGCAACGGUCAGUCCGAGAGAGUCUGACAUCCAGAAGUUCAAAGACCUGGACAACAUGUGGAUCUCCAUGGAGCAGCCGGCAAAUGACACACUGCUGGUGACCGGACAUAUGCGCAGAGGAGAUGACUGCAUAACACAGAUCUGGACCUAUUUUAUCCAUCCUGAGAGGGAUGAUGUUGAAAUGGAAGGAAGGCCGAAGCGGAGGACCCUGCUCUGGAGUGGCAAGUGGGCCAACUGCUCCGAGUGCAUCAUUUUCCAGGAAGUAGAACCACCUCUAAAGGAGACGGACUCAGAGGACUCCCUCAACAGAUACUUGCUGUACGGCCGGCAGGGUGACGUCGACCACGAGGUGGUGAAAGCAUUUCUGGAAAACAUGUCUUGUCAUAACGUGUUGGCAAGUGUCAGACUUCCUCAAGAGAAAGAGUUUUGCACCUAAAUAUUAACAUUGAGGUCUUACAGGAUGCUGCAGGAGCCGUGAACGUCCUGGACGACAAUACAAUGAUUUCAUCUUUUUACUGUGUAACGGUGAAACAAAUAAAGCAAC